AUGGCUUCCUCGUCGAAGCCUUCGAAUAGGAUCUUUUCUUCUCCCAUAUUUGCCAUAUUAGCCCUCUUCUGUCUCUUCAGCUCCACCGCCCUAGCUGCAUCCGCAGUGCUUGGAGUUGACCUCGGCACCGAAUACAUCAAAGCAACUCUUGUCAAACCAGGAAUCCCUCUCGAGAUCGUCCUCACGAAAGACUCACGACGAAAGGAGAUCUCUGCCGUAGCUUUCAAGCCGGUAAAGAACCCGCAAAGCGGAUCAUUCCCUGAGAGGGUGUAUGGGUCAGACGCCGUAGCUUUGGCCGCUCGAUUUCCUGGAGAUGUCUACCCCAACCUCAAGCCCCUCCUGGGACUCACGGCAGAUGAUUCGGUGGUCAAGGACUAUUCCUCACGGCAUCCCGCACUCCAGUUGGAAGCCGAGAAGAUCAGAGGUACAGCUGCAUUCCGAAGCGGCGCAUUUUCCAAGGAUGAGGAGCCAUGGACCGUAGAGGAAAUCCUGGCUAUGGAGCUACAAAGUAUACAGAAGAACGCAGAAGCCCUCGCUGGUAAAGGCAGCGUAAUCAAAGAUCUCGUCAUCACAGUACCUCCGUUCUACACUGCGGAGGAGAGGAGAGCAGUAGAAUUGGCAGCAGAAUUGGCAGGUCUUCGAGUCCUGGAACUGAUCAGUGACGGGUUGGCUGUGGGCCUCAACUACGCCACUACUCGAACUUUCCCGAGUGUUACAGGAGGCGCAAAGCCAGAGUAUCAUAUGGUUUUCGACAUGGGUGCCGGUUCUACAAAGGCAACGAUCAUGAAAUUCCAAGGAAGGACUGUGAAGGACGUUGGGAAAUACAACAAGACAAUCCAGGAGGUCCAGGUCCUUGGCAGCGGAUGGGAUAGAACGCUUGGGGGUGAUGCCCUCAAUGCUAUCAUUGUGGACGACAUGAUCGCUCAAUUUGUUGAAUCUACCGCGGGCAAGAAAGUAUCAGCGACCGCUGAAGGCGUUCGAGCCCACGGGCGUGCUGCGGCAAAGCUCUGGAAAGAGGCAGAGCGCUUACGACAAGUUCUCAGUGCCAACACGAAUACCCAAGCUAGCUUCGAGGGGCUUUACGAGGAUGCUGACUUCCGAUACAAGAUAAGCCGUGCAGAUUUUGAGCAGAUGGCCGCGUCUCAUGGUGCGCGUGUCGGUGUUGCAAUUCAAAACGCCUUAGAUAUGGCAGGAUUGACAACAAAAGAUCUCGAUUCCGUUAUUCUACAUGGCGGUGCUAUCCGGACUCCUUUUGUUCAGAAGGAACUUGAAAAGUUCUUCGGAAAUGCUGACAAGAUCCGAACAAAUGUCAACUCGGACGAGGCUGCGGUAUUUGGUGCCGGGUUCAGAGGUGCCGGGCUCAGCCCAUCCUUCAGGGUGAAAGCAAUCCGUGCCUCGGACGGCGCUGCGUACGCUGCAGGGAUCAAGUGGACCAACCCCAUUGGAAAGCUACAGCACCAGAGAUUAUGGCAACCUACAUCGCAUCUUGGGGCUGAGAAGCAAUACUCGUUCAAGAACCACGAGGACUUCUCUAUCGAAUUCUAUCAGGUCUCACCUGACUCACCGGAGAAGGAACUGCUGCAACUCACGACACAAAAUCUCACUGAGUCUGUUAAUGUGCUGAAAGAGAAGUUUGGCUGUACCGAUGAUGAUAUCGAUGUAAAACUCAGUACGCGCCUUGCCACAAGCAAUGGCCAGGUCGAGAUUCUGAAGCUCGUCGUUGACUGCGAAGUGGAGGACACGGACAAGGGUGGUGUGGUUGAUAGUGUCAAGGGUAUGUUUGGUUUCGGGAAGAAGGAUCAAGCGCCUCUCAAUGAAGAAGAUGAUCUCGUUGAGACUAUAAGCUCCCCUGAGAGUAGUGUUUCUGAGACAUCCAGUACUUCAACGGCCACUGCAUCCCCAUCAGCCUCGGCGAAGAAAGACUCCAAGUCCAAACGUUUCCAGGUCAUCCCUAUCAAGUAUACAACCGAGAUCAAGGGCCUUCCACAGUUACCAAGGGCGGAAAUCAUUCGGAUGAAGGAUCGGUUAGAAGCUUUUGCUGAUUCUGAUCGUGCCCGAAGGCUGCGAGAGGAUGCAUUGAACCAACUGGAGGGUUUCACCUACAGAGCGAAAGACUUCUUGGAUAACGAAGACUUCAUUGCCUCGUCGACAGAGGAGGAGCGAGCUAGCCUUAAGUCCAAGGCCGAGGCGGCCGGUGAGUGGAUCUACUCUGAGGGCAAGGACGCGACUCGUGAAGAAUUGAAAGCCAAACUCAAGGAAAUGAAGGACAUUGUAGCACCCAUCGAAACAAGAAGGGAAGAAGCUGCAGCGAGACCGGCGCAAGUCAGGGUUCUCCAAGAGGCUUUGAAUCAGACAAAGCAACUCAUUGUUGGUAUCACGGGACAGAUUGAGAAUGAUACCAAGCUUCAUUCUUCAUUCAGUGCUUCAAAGUCAGCCGCUGCAACAGCUACUCCAUCUGCCAGCGUGGAUUAUUUUGCAGGCUUGGAAGACGAGGACGAAACAGCCACUUCAUCCGCCCCAUCCGAAGCAGAGACGCUUAAUCCGCCUACCUACACUACCGAGGACUUGACUGUCCCGCAAACUCUGUACGAUUCGAUUUCGGAAUGGCUCACAGAGAAGCUCGCUGAACAAGAAAAAUUACCUCCUACAGCUGAUCCGGUGAUCCUCGUCAGGGACAUCGCGGCUAAAGUCAAGCAACUUCAAGACGCACAAAUGGCUCUCGUCACAAAGAGCAUGAGAAGGCCUUAUCAGUCUAAGAAACCAACAAAACCAAAGUCAACCAAGUCGAAGAAGGCUAAGACGUCAAAGACAGAGGCAGCUGAUGCCGAAAAGACGAUUGACUUCGGAGGAAAACCAUUUAUACAAGUUGGUACUGACGAUGAGAUGCCGAGUGAGGAGGAAAUACUUGCGUGGGUCGAGAAGCAAAGAGCAGAGGAGCAAGCAGGGAAGAGCGAACAGCAAAAAGAGGAAUCCAAUGGAGAACAAGCAGCGGAACAAGCGGAGGGACAAGCUGCGCAAGAAGAGGGAAAGCCAGCACCCAUAAAGCAUGAGGAGCUGUGAGGGAUUUACCCGAAUGUAAGAUACCUAGUCCGCCGCCAGUGCUAGACCACGUGAUUAUGCAUCAAUUCCAACAGCACGACAACAACAGUAUUUCUCUGUUUCGGACAGCUUCCCCUUCCAGCUUCUCUCCAAGCUACAGUAUCUGGCCAUUAUCAACCCAACAAGGACAGAAUACGGUUGCAUCUCGAACAUGUCUGAAGAAGGCUACCGACUGCAUUUCCAAUGGAGCGCUCACUGUGCCUUCUGUCGCAUGAGGCUGCCGACACCCAACUACUAUCUGGAUUUUGUACCGUCAGAGAGCACAGCCUGGGAGUAUAAGGUUCUUGGAUGUUGGUUAUAAUCUUCCAGUCCUUGAUAGAUGCUUGCCAACUCACC